AUGGCCGCCCCGGAGGUUCACCAUCUCUUCCAUCGACCUAUUGCUGACCAUUCCUUCUCGGCCGACCGUCAGACAUUGGCCGUCGCUAAGGACUCUACUAUCGAGUUAUACGGCAAGGUUGGAGGUGCCUUUAAGUUAAAAGAUGAGCUAAAAGGCCACGAUAAAACUAUCACCAGUGUCGAUAUUGCUCCAGGCAGCGGCCGAAUUGUCACGUGUUCCCAAGAUCGUAAUGCCCUAGUCUGGGAACCCUCUCCUACUGGUUACAAGCCAACUCUAGUACUUCUUAGAAUUGCUCGAGCGGCUACCUUCGUUCGCUGGUCCCCCUCCGAGACCAAGUUCGCUGUUGGCUCCGGUGACAGGGUCAUCGCUAUUUGCUACUUCGAAGAGGAGAACGACUGGUGGGUUUCUAAGCACUUGAAGAAGCCCAUUCGAAGUACCAUCACUAGUGUCAACUGGCAUCCUAACUCGGUGCUGCUCGCUGCCGGCUCUACCGAUGCCCACGCGAGAGUCUUCUCGAGCUUCAUCAAGGGUGUCGAUGCUCGUCCCGAGCCUAGUGUCUGGGGUGAACGUUUACCGUUCAACACCGUCUGCGGCGAAUUCUUGAAUAACUCUGCCGGUUGGAUUCACUCUGUCGCCUUCUCUCCGAGUGGUGACGCACUCGCAUUCGCUGCUCAUGACAGUAGCAUUACUGUCGUCUACCCUACCGCUCCUGAGCAACCUCCGCGAGCUGUCAUUAGCGUCAACACCCAGCUCCUACCUUUUAUGAGUCUAAUUUGGAACGGCGAGAGCGAGAUCAUCGCAGCCGGAUACGAUUGCGAGGCGUUUAGAUUCAGAGGUGACGCAUCUGGAUGGCAGCUGAGUGGCACUUUGGAAUCUAAGGGAGGUCCUGGUUUGGGAGAUGCGCGAGAAGAGUCCGCCUUGAAUAUGUUCAAGCAGAUGGACUUGAAAGGCAAGGCCAAAGACGACACUCAGCUAAAGACCGUUCACCAGAACACCAUCUCGACAGUCCGUGUAUACGAGUCCGAUGGCGGAGCCGUCACCAAAUUCAGCACAAGCGGUGUUGACGGUAGAAUUGUCAUCUGGCACACGUAG